GCUCCCAAUCCCUCCGCCGUUCUCGGGGUCUUUGGUCUUAGCAUCCGUACGACUGAACGUGAUCUGGACGAUGAAUUCAGCAGGUUUGGUCGCGUUGAGAAGGUUACUAUAGUCUAUGAUCAAAGGCAGUCUGACCGCUCCAGAGGCUUUGGUUUCAUCAAAAUGAGCACAGUUGAAGAUGCUGGACGAUGCAUCCAAGAGUUGAACGGUGUUGACCUCAAUGGACGCCGCAUCCGCGUUGACUACUCGGUCACCGAUAGACCUCAUGCGCCGACUCCUGGAGAGUAUAUGGGUCAUCGCCGUUCUACCGGUCGCGAUUCUUAUUAUGGCCGUGACUCGGGUCGCGAUUCUCUCCGAGACCGACCUGACCGCGACCGUGACUCACACCGACGUGGCGGUGGCAACGACCGCGACAGGGAACGGGACCCGUAUGGCCGCGAUAACAGGGACUGGCGAGACCGCCGAAGCCCUCCCCCUUCCCGAGGUGGCCGCUACUCCCCCGAGUACCGUCGACGAAGGAGUUAUUCCAGAAGUCCUCCUCGUGGCAGCAGCCCUGCUCGCGGCGGACGCGACUACGACCAUCCGGCUCCAGUCAAUGGUGGAGGCGACAGCGGUCGUUGGUGA